AUGUUGUCCAAUAGUCGCCGCGGAGACCAAUUAGCUUGGCCCUUCAUAGGACGACUCCGCACGAACAACUGUUCAGGUUCACAGCCGAAGUUGGAUCGCGUGGUCGUUGUACUCCAGUGGGCUAUGAUCGACAGCAAUAUGCCGCCAGCAUUGGGGAAUAGCUGUUGGCCCGAAGGAUAUAUGCAGAAGGUAGGUCUGCUCCAAGCUCGCUCCGUUGGUCGUUUUCCAUCGCAGCUUUCCUUCGAAACCACCAGUACGCCACGCCACUGGAAAAACGCCCCCAGGAUGUCCAGAAUGAACCACGACGACAAAGCGAACGACUUCGCCGGCCAUGAAGUCAAUGGCAAUGGUCGCGCAGGCAUGCCUACCCUCGAGCAGGUCCGCACCCAGGGCAGCUUCAUGAUCACGCCUGAAAUGUUCGAGCGGAUGUACCUUGCACCACAGAACCAGGUCACUGGCAGCCUCCGCACCACAGUCGGUAAUCCAACGCCAAUUGGUCUGGGAGGCUUCCUGAUCGGAUACUGCCCAAUCAUCUUCUCGAUCCUUGGCUUCAGAGGAUUCACCGGCAAUGGAGCUGCCACUGUUGGAACGUAUUUCUUCUCUGGCGGUAUGCUCGCAAUUCUUGCCUGCAUCAUGGAGUGGAUCAUCGGUAACACAUUCCCGGCUGUCUUCUUCGGUGUCUUUGGCGGCUACUUCUUGAGCUUCGGUGCCACUCUUGUGCCAUCGUUCAACGCGUAUGGAGCAUACGCGACGGACCCCUCGAAUCUGGAGACAGGCAAAGCAGCUCCAGGCUUCUUGUCUGGUAUCGCCUUCUGGAACCUGAUGAUGGCCAUCUUCACCUUCUACUGCACCAUCUGCGCUCUCCGCGUCAACAUCCUCUUCACGGCGGCCUUCUUCUUCCUUGCCAUAACCUUCAUCCUCAUUUCGGCCAGCUAUUGGUUGGUCGCUGAGAGUGGAUUGACGAGCAUGGCCAGAAAUCUGCAACUGGUGAGUUAUCCUUAUGGGCAGGUCUCAUACUUCAUACUUUGUGCUAAUGAGUGUCAACAGGCUGGUGGAUCGACCGGGUUUGUCGUGAUGAUCAUUGGGUGGUAUCUGCUCCUGGCUCUUAUGCUUACCACGGUCGACUUCCCACUCAACCUUCCCGUGGGCGACCUUAGCCAAUUCAUCCCAAGCGCUACUGAGAUGCGCAAGAGGAAGCAAAGGAAGGAUAUUGAGAAGAAUGAGUGA